AUCUUUAUGAUAUUCAAGUGAUAAUGAAGUCGAAGAAAUUCUUUUUCUAAUAUUUCAGAAAGAAAACAUUUUUUUCUUCAAUUAUUUGUCUAUAUUGAGGUGAAGUAAAGUUUUUAAAAUUUUUCAAUUUUUCCAAAGUAUCCACUAUAAAAAGUUUUCAUCAUUUUUAAUUUGCAAUUUCAAAUAUAAAACUAUAUGUUUUAGUAAACGGAAAAAUUAAAUUAUACUUUUAAAAAAAAUUUCAACUACUGUAAAUAGUGUUAAACAAACAAAAAAUAAAUCCCAUAUUAGGUAUUAUAAAUAAUAAAUGUACCCAAGUAAAGAGUAAAAUAGAAAUUGUAAUAAAUGUAGUUAAUUUUUUGCUGACACUGUCAUGAGCCGUAACAACUUUGGAAGAAAACUAUAUAUGGAUGUCAUCUAUUUACGAAGAAUAAAUUAAAUUUUGAGUGGUACAAAUAUGUGCAUUAUUGAUAAAUAGUUCACUGCUGUAGAAUAGAGGAAAAAAUAGAAAUAUUUUUCUUUAACUUGAUGAUAGUAUCGUUUGUGAUAGAUAAAAUGAAACUGGAUAAGAAAAAAUAAUCAGUCGAAUGCAUACAGCUAUAAAGGAAAGAACCUUUUUUCAAAUUUUUGUCCACGGUGUUUUCAUCAACAAUUUUUUAAAUAGUGAAAAGGUUAAUAAUAGAUCAAGAGAUUAUUAAUUAAAAAUAUAUUUACAACAACUUUUUAAUUUUUAUAAUAAACAUUUUUUAAAAUUUUAAACUAACUAAAUUAAAAUUUUUUUUUAAAGUAAAAAAACAUGUUGAUUAAAUUCAGAAAAUAAAAAUACACCUAACUAAAAAUCAAUUCUUAUAAAUAUCCAAUUGUUUUCAGAAGAAACUAAAUAAGUAGUGAGAUGAAAAAAUAAUUAAUUUAUUUGAUGUUUAUAAAAAUAAUAUUUGUUUCAAGAAUGAAAUAAGCAUGUUAUAAAAUAUUUUUUUAAAAAUUCAAUAAAAAAUUAAAUUCAAAAAUGACUGAAAAUCCCAAAGCAAUUUUGUUGUUGCAGUAUGCAGCAGCUAUUACAGGAUGCCUUACAGUCACUGGAUAUGGGACAAUAAUUUCCUGGACAUCUCCAGCACUACCAUUUUUGGAAAGUUCAGCAUCAGACAUUAAAAUAACACUAAACCAAAGCUCAUGGAUAGCGUCUCUUUAUUUAAUUGGAUUUAUCAUAGGAUUUCUUUUGAAUCCACUUUUCAUCGAUCGAAUUAGUCGAAAAUGGACAUUAAUGCUAUUUGCCAUACCGCAAAUAAUUUCUUGGCUAAUGAUAAUUUUUGCAAAAAGUCACAUCACACUUUAUUGUGCGCGACUGAUUGGAGGCGCUGGUUAUGGUGGUGGUCUCUGCGCGAUGACAGUGUACAUGACAGAAAUUGGAAAUAAGGAAAAUCGAGGAAUUUUCUUAAUUAUCAUUCGUCUUUCAAUGGGUCUUGGAUUUUUGCUGACAAUGUUUCUUGGAGCAUAUUUCACUUAUCAACAAAUGAAUCUGGUUCUAUUAAUGCUACCCAUUUUGUUUCUCAUCAUUUUCCUCUUUAUGCCCGAUUCGUCAUAUUUUCUGGAAAUUAAUCAAAGAAUUGAGAAAGCAAAAUUAAACUGCGUUCAAGAAUUGGGGCUAGAUGAAAAGUCAAAAUUAAAUUGCGUUAUUGAAAAAGAGGAGACUUGUUCCAAUUCUGAAUUGUCAACAUUCGAAAAGCAAGAACGAAUCCACUCCCUUCGCGAAACAAAUUUAUGGAAAUUAUUUUCGAACUCGACAAAUAGAAGAGCUUUGAUAAUUGUCGUGACAACGGGAUUAUUAAACAUUCUGUCCGGACAAGCGGCCCUGGGAGCGUUCGGCCAACAAAUAUUGAGUUACAAAACCUCGCCAAUGGAUCCAAAGAAGACCAUGAUUUUAUUAUCGGCUCUAAAUGCAAUCGCUUGCCUCGUGAGUACACAAAUAAUCGAAAAAAUAAAUCGAAGAAAUAUUUUAAUUUUCUCUGGACUAAUUUCUUCACUUUCACUGGCAAUCAUUGGCGUGUAUUUUUAUUUCGAACACAGUGGUUUUAAAUCGACGACCUAUUUAGGAUGGAUUCCAAUUAUUUUCCUCUCGGUAUUCGAUGUAUUACUUAGUACCGGACCUAGUAACAUAUUUUACAUCUAUCAGGGAGAAUUGUUUACAAACGAAGUGAAAAGUGUAGCAGUGACUGUCGUCAAAUUUGUUUAUAUUGUUUUUGGUUUUCUGACUGUGUAUUAUUUUCAAAAAGUGUCAAAGACUGCUGGUAUGCAUUGGAUUUUUUGGAUUUUUGGUACUUGUUGUGGUGUAGGAACAAUUUUGGUUUAUCUUAUGGCUCCAGAAUCGAGGGGAAAGCCACUCGAAGAAAUUCAAGACAAUUUAACAAGAAGAUCAUUGUUUUAUCGAAUUCACAAUUGCUUUCAAACCAAUAAUAAACGGAGCAUUUGAAAAUAGAUUUUUUUUUAAAUAAUAAAAGGAUUUUUGAGUCUUCUAUAAUAUUUUAAAAUCUCAUUACAGUUACCCACUGGGCAAAAAGUCAUGUUCCUUCUAAAAACGUUUUAAGAACAUUUUUAGAACGUUAUCGAUGGCUGGGUGUAAAAACAUGAUACAUCGAAAUUUUUCUUUUCAAAUUUCUGUUGGUACCACUGACCGCGAAAUUUAAAAUGGUUUCUUAUAUAUUACAUUUUUUAAGAAUAUAUGAUGAUAUUAAAAUAAUAGAAGUAAAAUUUUGCACUAUACACAUAUAAUUUUGAAUAUUUUACAUGAAAUUCGUUUUAAAUCAACGGGAUUACAAUACUGUAUUUAAAUGAUCGUCUGUAUUAUUAAUUACUUUUACAGCUGUAUGAUAACGUCAUGGGUGGCAAAUCCACCAGGAAAUGAAUAAUUGGAGGAUUUACUAGAAAAAAAUUUACCUAAGUUAAUUUAAUUUAUUUAAUAAUUGUGUUUUAAAAAAUAUACUUUACUUACUCUCCAUGAUUGACUCUUUAAACAAAUAUUUAAACAACACCAAUUGUAAUAGAAUAUUUACAAUAUAAAUAUUUAUAAUAAAAUAGAAUUAUUUAUAAAAUCACAGAUUUUAUCAAUCUAAAUAUAAACUUUAUAUAAAAAGCUAUUUAACCUAAUUUUUCUUUGAACUGACAUAUUAUGAAGCAAAAUCAUUUGUUUCAUAAAACAGUUUCAAAGAUUUGACACAUUUUAAUUUUCACGGUCAGUGCGGUACCAACAGAAAUUUAUAAAAAAAAAAUUUCGUUUUCGACGUGUCAUGUUCUUCAAAUCAAACGACGAUGUAUCAUGUUUUCCAACGCUAAUCCGACGUAUCAUGUUUUUCAACGCCAAUUCGAUGUAUCAUGUUUUUACACCCAGCCAUCGAAAGUUUCAUGUCCGCCAAAUAAUGUUCUGAAAUAUUUUAAGAACAUGCUGAAAUAGCACGUAAACUUGCAGCAACCUUGCUGCAAGCUUCAAAUGUCUCACCUGACCCAAACUUCCAUGGUAAGCUUACCGAAAGAUUGCCAACAGCUUGGGUCAGCGGGUGGGACAUUUGAAGGUUACAGUAAGCCCCAAGCAAAAAUUUACAAUCGGCGCAGUGUUGCGCCAGUACUGGCAAUUACUGGCAAAGCACUGACCGCCAAUAUUGAACCAAUACUGGCAUAUGUUUGGGAUGAUAACGUUUAUUAGUAAUGGCUUAGUACUGGCGUUCAGUACUGGUUCAAUACUGGAAUUUAGCAGUAAUUCUGUAUUUUGCCAGUACGGGCAAAAUUAUUGUAACCAUAUUAAUAAGCCAGCACUGGUAGAUAUUCAAAAUUCAGGGCUCUUUUUGCUUUUUACAUUAAUUGAGCAGCUGGAUCGAAGAACCGACUCUUCGCUCGAACCGCACGCGUUCAUAGCAUUAACUAUCAAUAAUAAUAAAUUAUUAUAAUAACUUUUAAAUUGUUAUUUUUUUAUAUUAACAUUUUACUCUUUAUUUUAUUAUUCAAAUAAUUUCUUCAAAUAUUAUAAAAUAUGGCAUUCGGUAUUGAAUUAAUACUGACCGAAUACUGGUUUGCCAUUACUGUCUCAAUAAUACUGGCAUGCCGGUAUUGGCUUGCAGUAUUGGCACAGUACAGAAUUUAAUCCAUAUCAGUACUGAACCCAUACUGGUAAGCCAACUGUCGGCUAGCCAAUAUUGGUGUAUGAUUGCGCCUGUUGUCAAUAUCGGCGUUUGAUAAAAAUUUUUGCUUGGGGCUUCUGCUGCAAGCUUACGUGCUAUCUGGGUGGAUGUUCAAAUAAUGUUCUAGAACAUUUUUUGGCAGACAUGAAACGUUCUAAAAACGUUUUUGGAACGAAUAUGAUUUUUCGCCCACUAGAAAAUUGCAAACACAACAACAAUUUUCUCAUUGGUAGGAAAAAGUGCGCGCUUAUUUAAAUGGCUUUAAUAUAAGAAAAUAUUAAAACAACAAUAAAAAAAAUGUUCAACAACUAAAUUUAUCUUUAGUUAUAUUUAAAAAAAAACCCUAAUGGGCUAGCUUAUGUCAAG